UUGUCUCGGCUGAAAUGAUGACUGUUUCCACUCCCAGUUUGAACACCAGAGAAUCAUUCAGAGAGGAGACAGGAGACUUGUCGGUGCUUUAGGUUGGAUCUAUUAAAAUGGGAUUUACUUUCAUGGAAGUUUGGAUACCUGUUUUAGUUUUAGUUUCUGCAGCUGCAGGCUCUAACGUAUGCACUUCUAGAGGAGUAAGCACAUGUAAAGAAUGUCUGUCUAUCCAUCCAACGUGUGCCUGGUGUGCUCAGGAGAUCUUCGGAAAAGGAGGAUCAAGUUUGUCACGGUGUGAUCUGAGAGACAAUCUCAUUCAGUCUGGUUGUGCUGAGAAGUUUAUUGAGUUUCCACUUAGCAGCAUGAAGAUACUAGAGGACCGCCCCCUGAGUGACAAGGCAGGGGGUUCAGCCAGUGAAAUCACUCAGAUCCGACCACAAAAAAUCCACCUCACCCUUAGGCCAGAUGAUUCAAAGAAUUUCAUCGUCACUGUGAAACAAGUUGCUGAUUACCCAGUGGAUCUGUAUUACCUGAUGGACAUGACCAAUACCAUGAGGGAUGACUUGCAAAAGCUUUAUGCUCUUGGCAAUGAUCUGCCGCGUGCUCUACGCAGUGUCACCAGUAAUCUGCGCAUGGGAUUCGGAGCUUUUGUAGACAAACCCCUCUCACCUUACAUGUAUAUUUACUCUGAAGAAGUCAUCAAGAAUCCUUGCUAUCAGUCUUCUAUACCUUGCCCUCCACAAUUUGGCUAUCGUAACGUACUGUCUCUGACGGAGCAGGUAGAACGGUUCACAGAGGAAGUUAAGAAACAGAAAGUGUCCAGAAACAGAGAUGCGCCAGAAGGUGGAUUUGAUGCUAUCAUGCAAGCAGUAGUAUGCAAGGAUAACAUUGGAUGGAGGCCUGAUGCAUCUCAUUUGCUGGUAUUCACAAGUGAUGAUAAGAGCCAUUUGGCUUUGGAUGCCAGACUCGCUGGAAUCGUCCAGCCCCACGAUGGGGAGUGCCACAUCAACAAAGACAAUGAAUAUGACAUGUCCACUACACUGGACUACCCUUCACUUGGUCUGAUCACAGACAAGAUAUCUGAGAAUAAUAUCAACCUCAUCUUUGCUGUUACCAGCAAUAUGGUGUCACUAUAUCAUAAUUACAGUGAGCUGAUUCCUGGCUCUGUGGUCGGAACCCUUUCUAAAGACUCAGGAAAUGUUAUUCAACUCAUUCUGGAUGCUUAUGCUAGGAUCAGGUCCAAAGUUGAGUUAGAGCUUUUGGGUGUGCCAGAUGAGUUAUCUCUGUUCAUCAAUGCAACCUGUCUGGAUGGAGUGGUCACCACAGGGGUCCGAUCCUGCGCCGGACUCAAGAUUGGAGAUAUGGUUUCAUUCAGCAUUGAGGCAAAACUAUACGGCUGUCCCAAAGAGAAGAGUCGUACCUUCACUGUGAAACCAAUGGGCUUCAAAGAUGCACUGCAGGUGACUGUUGACUUUGCUUGUGACUGCAACUGUCAGCUGUCCUCUGAACCCACCAGCCCCUCCUGUCACCACGGCAAUGGUACCCUUGAGUGUGGGGUGUGCCUGUGCGAUCCGGGCAGACUGGGCUCUCGAUGCGAGUGCUCUGAGGGGGAAUAUAACCCCACCCAUCAAGACCGCUGUAGCCCCAACCCAGAGACACCGGUCUGUAGCGGACGGGGAGACUGUGUGUGUGGCCAAUGUAGCUGUCGCUCAAGUGAUUUUGGGAAGGUGUGGGGGCUAUACUGCGAAUGUGAUGACUUCAGUUGCCUCCGUUCCAAAGGACAGCUUUGUUCAGGUAAUGGUGAGUGCAACUGUGGAUCCUGUCAGUGUAACCCUGGAUGGUUCGGUGAGAGCUGUGACUGCUCGACCCGCACAGACAACUGUAUGGGGAGUGGAGGAAUGCUUUGUAGUGGGCGUGGCCACUGUGUGUGUGGUGUCUGUGAGUGCACUCAGUCAGGAGCCUAUGGAUUAACCUGCGAGAAGUGCCCCACCUGCCCUGAUGCUUGUACCAUCAAAAAGGAGUGUGUCGAGUGUAAGCACUAUAAGAGAGGGGCUCUGUAUGAGAAGAACUGUAAUCACAUCUGUAGAGACGAGAUUUUUCCAGUGGAUGAGCUUGUCUUUCAUGAGAAGAAUGCAGUGAACUGCAGCUACAAGGAUGAGAACGACUGUGUACAGAACUUCCAGUAUUAUGAAGAUGCCAGUGGAAAAUCCUUCCUUUAUCUUGUUAAAGAACCAGAGUGUCCUAAGGGUCCUGAUGUUUUGAUGGUUAUUCUCUCUGUGACUGGUGCUAUUCUGUUGCUGGGACUGGCAGCACUCCUGGUGUGGAAGCUCCUGAUCACUAUUCAUGACCGCCGUGAAUAUAUCAAGUUUGAGGAGGAGAAAGCCAAGGCUAAGUGGGAAGCGGCUAAUAAUCCACUCUACAAGGGAGCCACCAGCACCUUCCAAAAUGUAGCAUAUCGUGGCAGUAACGAAUGACACUCAUCUGCUUCUGUCAAAGAUGGCUAAUGAUCAUCUCAUAAACACAGUUUCUCAACCAAUCGCAGCUGGAUUCAUCCAGGCUUGUGUCUGUCAAGAACCAAGGGGAUAAAUGCAGUUAUGUACAUAUUGUUCUAAUAGGAAUACUCUUAGAUUUGACAUAAAUAAGACAUACAACUCCUUUUUAAAAAGUCCUAAGUGUGGAAAUAAGGCAUUAAGAGUGACAUGUAAAAACAGUGGCAUGUGUGAACAGUCAUGCUACACAAACCAAAGAGAAACCAUUGGAUUAUUGGAAAUGUAAUGCACAUCUCAGAUGGUAAUAUGUGUAUUAAAUUUUCAAUAACUGCACAUAGUCAACCACUUAUAGCACAAUUACCACAUGUACAUGUUUAUCUUAAGACAUUUUCAGGUUUUCAUCUCUAAGACGUGCUUGCGUAUAAGUAUCUUGCUUAGAAACAGUCCAAGCUGAAUCUUGAAACAAUUUGUGGCAAAGUGAUAUAGAGCUGUAAUAUGGUCAACAAACUCAUAUCUACUUCACUGGUGUGUAAUGGACCCUAUUCACAAAUUGUGAUGCGUUUUUCCACCUUAUUUAACAGGGUAAAUCUAGCAAACGUAAAUUUGUAACAUUAUUCUUUGUGUUAUAUUACCUUAAAUUAGUUUAAAAAUACUAGUUACCAUAGCUGCAAUUGGGGUUUCUGAUACAGUUGCUGAAAGUCAAUGUCAGUCUUUUCUCUUUUUACUGUCAAAAUCCAACACUCUCUAUUUUUUUCUCUUGUGGAAAGUCGAUGAAAUGUAAUAGUGGAUUUUGUCUUUCGCUGUUGAAGCCAAAUUAAUAUUUAUACCCUUUCGCCUCUAUAGAAGCUUACCCUGCAAUAGUUUACUUCCGCAUUCCAAACCUGGAAAUGUAAAAAGGGUCCACUAAUUAGCUUUGGAACAUUUGUCAACCAGUCAGAUUCAGCCAUUAAACAGUGCCAUGAUCAUGUAUAAUAUACACUGGAAUUUCAUUGAAGUAUUCUGAUACUUUUGUUGCCACGGUAGUGAUUGUAAAUGAGGUUCUGUGAAGCCCUGUUGUAUUUUAUUUUCUUACAGUGAUGAUGGAACAAUGAGAAUAAUAAAUAUUGUUAUACUGUA